CCGUGUGUAGGCGAGUCACGUGUGGAGUCCGUUGAUCCCGUUGCGUGCGUGCAGCAAGAGGAGGAUCGCUUAUUUGUUCAGUUCUUUUUCGGUUUCUGCUUUGUUAUCGGUUUGGCCUUAUUUUUCGUCAAACAGUUUACAGAAGAAUGAGCGACAACGAUGAUAUCGAAGUCGAUAGUGACGCGGACAAACGGGCGCACCACAACGCGCUGGAGCGCAAGCGUAGGGACCACAUCAAAGACAGCUUCCACAGCCUGCGGGACUCCGUGCCGGCCCUGCAAGGGGAAAAGGCAUCCAGAGCUCAGAUCCUAGAUAAAGCAACAGAAUACAUCCAGUACAUGAGGCGGAAAAACCACACACACCAGCAGGACAUCGACGACUUGAAGAGGCAGAACGCUCUCCUGGAGCAGCAGGUCCGUGCUCUGGAGAAGGCCAAGGGGAGCACACAGCUACAGGCCAGUUACUCCGCACCCGACAGCAGCCUGUACACCAACCCCAAGGGCAGCGCCGUGUCAGCCUUUGACGGGGGCUCCGACUCCAGCUCCGAGUCCGAGCCCGAGGAGCCACCCAGCAGGAAGAAGCUACGCGUGGAGCCCAGCUAGUGCACACCUUUGCCCCCUCCUGCCCCAACAGAGACUCUCCGUCCCCUCCCCUGCCCCUAGCUCUCCUGUUUCCCAUUACUGUCUCCUCCCCCCCGCCCCAUUCCCAGCCUCCCGAGCCUUAGCCUGGGAGAGGAAGGGACUCCCACAAGGAAGGUUCAGCAACAAUAGUACGAGAAUUAAACAGCUUGCUUUUUUUUUCCCCCCCUCUUUCCCCAUCCAUUUCUCGGCAACGUCAACCAUCCAAAAGUACGGCAGCUUUGCAGUUGAAGGACUUGAUGCUUUUGUAACUUCAUAGUAAUCGUCAUAAUCAAACUUGGAGGCAUGGACAGUUACAAGUAAAGCAAAAAUCCCCCCC